UGUUUUUAAAGAAAAACUAUUUAUGCAUAAUUCAAUAAUUCAGCCCACUUUGCUGCGUUUUUUGUUCUCGAUUCGAAUCUGUAUUUAAUUCAUUCUUAAUCUUUUCGAUUCGAUCUCUUGACACGCUUGAAUUUGACAGGUUUCCUAGACGCCUCUCUGAAUUGAUAGAUUGCAUGUCGCGUAAUUUCCCGUCGGCUUUUUAAAAAUCAAUUCUAUUUCCUGAUUGUUCAGAGCUCGCUCGAUUCUUUGCAAAUAAAAAAUUAGGUCGGAAUAUGACCAACUCCACCUGAGUAAUUUGAAGCACAAUCAGUGUGAUAUAUAAUCUCGUAAAACUGUUCAACCUUUAAAGCAGCUGCCCUUCCGGAUAAUUUGUGGAUAAAUUUGAGUUAUAUUUAUCAUAACUACGAUCAAACUACCAUAAACUUGACUCUAAUUUUGGGACGUAUGGGCUACAUUAGCAAAAUAAAGCUCUCAUGCGUCCGUUAUUUGGUCUAUUUCCAUAAUUCGAAUGUAAAGCCCUAAGGUUAUUUAGCAUUUUGGUGAAACAAACAGUUUUACAGUUUUUCUAGGUCACAAAUGUGGUAACAAAAAUAAAAAUAGCACCAAAUUUUGAUUCUUUUACUUACAAUACCAGCCGAAGUUUGCAGUCAACUACCCUAUUUACUUUGCCAUUCAACAGAAGAGUCGACAUUUGACAAAUAAUUACAAAGCAGGUCAACUCUCAAAUGGGUCUAAACUGCCUGAUAUAAAAUAAACAGGGCUCCAAAACAAACUUACAUAUCUAAUUUUUGGAUCUAAAAGAAGUUUCCCUAUUUUUACACUUGCCAGCUUCCGAGCGUAAAGUUUUAGUACCAACCUUUUUUUAUUUCAUUUUCCAGCCUAACUCGCAAAUAAAAGUAUCCAUUAAAAAUGUUCACUUAUUUGGUGGCUUUUUGCUUUGAUCACGAUCUGUAGCAUUGGAAAUUUCGUAGCAUCUGUUAUCUGUUUUAUUUGUGGCUAGUGUUUAUGGUUGAUUAAGCGUUUGUGGCUGAGUGCGUGAGACUCAUAAUUUCUUGGUCGAAGAUCGGAUGCGAGGUCCGAGACGCAGCUGAAUUUUUUCGGGGCUUAUAGUAAUUCGGGGCUUUUUUCUACUUUUUCUUGUCGCACUUUAAAGAGCUGUUUUUCUCUGUUGUCGCUAGUGUUUCCGAAGCACUGCUUCGCCUCUAUGUAAAAAUUGUUAAUAGGGACCAUUUGGAUUUUGCUCAUUCUCUUUAAUUUGCUCUAUUUUACCAUACUCAGAUUCUUUCAACAUGAGCUUUUUACCUUUUCGCUUUGCCGAAAGAUCAUUUUCUCUCCUCGGAACUUUCAAACGAGUCUCGUUUCUUCCGAUUAUUAUUUGUCUUCUCGCUCUCGAUUUUCCCUUGUCUCUUCCCGAAUCUGCCGCCCCUUUUAUGCCGGCGGCCUAUGAGAAGAGCAUUCGUCCCGGAUUUUUCCAGGAUGUGCCAACGGAGGUUAAGCUGGAGUUGGUUUUGGUGUCCUUUGGCCCCGUAGACAAUAAGCGCAUGACUGUUUCAAGUGAACUAUAUGGUCGUUGUCGAUGGAAAGACGAGAGACUCACAGUUCUCCAUGCUAACCUUACAAACACCUCGCGACGUGCUAAGCGAGACAAAAGCCAUCAGUUCAAACGAGUCCUACAAGACAGCGUGUUCUUAGCUGGUGACUACUACAACCAAAUAUGGAAGCCAGAUCUCUACUUUCCAGACGCCGUUGAGCUGAAGAGGCCAAUCAUAGAGGCCGAUGACUCAUUGCAACUGCAGGUGGACAAGGAUGGGAACUUUCUCUACUCUAUGCGACUGAUUGUGCAGACCAGGUGUAGUCUAAGGAUGACAUACUUCCCUCUGGACCAGCAGGAGUGUCCAAUCUGCAUUAGUCACUACAAGUACCCGGUGGAAGAGCAGAGUCUGUCAUGGUUCUGGGAUCCGAUCAACAUGUCCUCGGAACUGUCCACUCCCCACUUCUACGUGGAGAACAACGUGGAAGCAAAGACCUCCUACUACCAGUCACUUGGACACACAUACAUAAACCUAUGCGCACACAUCAAGUUCAAGCGGAAGUUGACCGAGUACUUCAUAGUGAUGUACUGUCCCUCCUUCAUCCUCACCGGUCUAUCCUUCCUCAACUUCUGGCUGGACAAGAGGGCAGUCCCCGCCAGGGCCAGUCUCUCCAUCACAUCCAUACUAGCUCAAAUAACCCUGAUGACAGGAGUCUCCUAUUCGUUCCCUUCUGGAAGUGACCUCAAAAUCAUAGACGUCUACUUAAUCGUCAAUUUCUUCUUCACUGUCUGUACUAUCAUCGAAUUCACCAUCGUCUCAUACAAGGGAGCCGAACCACAACUACUCAAACAGAGAACCCGCAUGCACAUUAAACUCAGUAAUGCCGACCCCGAAGAAGCCACAGGCACUGCAUUAAAUAGUAAUAGACGUCAAAGUCAGAAGAAAGGUAUAGCUGCCAGAAGUCUGGAAGCUUUUACAGCCCAAGGACGAGACAUUGACGUCGUUUCUCGCUAUAUCUUCACGGCCUUGUUUAUUAUAUGGAACAUCGGCUAUUUUAUAACAGUCUUUGCUUUAUCCAUGACAGAACAGAAGAAAAAUCAUCGCUUUUGAGCCCUACAUUGGUCUUGAAACUUAGCCCGAAUUCCUGAAAAUUCGAUAUUCGAUGAAAACGAGUCGAUCGGUUAAAAUAAUCUGAAAUGGGAUUCAGCAAUAAAAACUGAAUUUGCUCAGAAAGCUAGACAGUUUAACUUUCAUCUUAAUAUUAUCACAAUCUGUUCCCAAUUGAACUGCAGCUGUUUUAGAUUAAUAUGAAUGUCAUUGCUUCAA